AUGGUUUCGACAACCAUCACUUUCGAGAACGACAAUGUCCAACCUCCGGUUUUUAUCGCUGGAGGUUUCACCGAGUGGGCGCCCAUCGAGAUGACGUACGGGGCGACGGAGGCCGACGGCUCAGUCAAGAACGUCUUCUCCUACAAGGCCGAACUCGAACCAGGCGAGUAUCAGUACAAGUUCCGGCUGGGGCCCGGUGAUUGGUGGGUUCUGGAUGAAUCCGCGCAGAAAGCGACGGACGAGCUGGGCAACGUGAACAAUGUCCUGUCGAUAGUAGCGGAAGAACACAGAGCCCCCUCGCAGUCACAAGCUGAGACCAUUCCAACUCCACCUGCACAUGUUCUGAACACUGAGGAUGCCUAUAUCAUGGAAGACGACACCAAGGUGAAUGGAUCUGCAGACCAUGAGCAAUCUGCUCAACCUUAUCCACCACCGGAGGAAGUCGUACCAAAGCUUGUUGAUUCUCAUGCACCUGAGCAGCCAGCUAUCGAUGCACAAGAGCCCAGCGCUGAAACCGAGAAGCAGGCCCAAUUCGUUAAGCGAGCUGGUAAGGAGACCCCGGAAAUUGUUACACCAAGGAAAGACUCUAUCCCUGAUUUCGCUCCUCCGCCAUACUCAGUUUCUGCAACUGGCGCGGUUCAGGAAUCCGAUGAUAAGGUCCAAGUGGCGCCAGUGGCCGAAGCCGCUCCCCAAAAGCUACCGUCCAAACCAGCAGCUGUCGAAGUUGAAUCAGAAGGGAAGAACCAGUCAUUGGGUGUUCGGCCAUAUAGCACAAAGUAA